CAAACAAAAAUCACAGAGUUAGAGAGAGAAAGUAACAGAGGUUUGUUCGUUCUUCCUCAAACCCAUCACCAUCAUUCAUGGGUUGCGUUUCCUCUAAACUCGUCAAAAAAGACAUCAACCAAGAAAAUGGUUACCUUAACCAUGUCGUUUCCCUCACUUCCUCAACCUACGGAGCACUCAGUCUAGACAAGAACAACAACAACAACAACAACAACAGCAAUGACUCUUCGGCUUCCAAUGUUUCUCAAGUUUCGGAAACCGAACCACAAACAGUGUCCAAACCAAACCCAUCACCAUCACCAUCACCAACCCACAAAGACAAAGAUACAGAAACUGUUAUCAAGAUCAAUGCUUGGGAACUCAUGGAGGGUCUUGAAGAAGGAGUACCCAUUUCGAAUAUCCCCAAGAAAAGCCCAAAGUCAGCACCUUUUCUUCGUGGGUUUUUGGCUUCUGAUACGAGGAGUCCUUUGAAGUUUCUUAAUCAAUUCGGGUCACCGAAAACUACAGUCAAGAAAUCUUCAGGGAAGGAGAAUAAGGUUCAAGUUACUAAUAUGGUUAGAGGCGGUGUUCGACGCUUGGAUUAUAGUUAUAGUCCUAAGGGAAUUUUGAAAUCCGCUACUAAUUCAUCUCCUAAGAACUCGAGUUUUUCUGCUAAAGGUUCUCCGUUUUCUGCUAAAAGAAGAAACAGUUUUGGGAAUGAGAGAAAGAGUACUGAUUCCGUGUUUGAACCAGAACUUGUUGAAAACUAUGAAAAGGAACUUUCGGAAGAGGAAGAACAAAUCAAAAGAGUUGUUUUUGCUACUCCGAAAACACGAAGAGCAAGGAAAUCUCUAGACUCAAUAGCCCUUUUGAAUGUGUAUGAGAAAAACUGUCCUCCGGGGGGAGAAAAUUCUGUUGUGAUUUACACAACCACGCUAAGAGGAAUCAGAAAGACAUUUGAGGAUUGCAAUAAAGUUCGGUCGAUCAUUGAAUCUUAUUGCGUGUGUUUGCGCGAGCGCGAUGUGUCGAUGGACUCCGGGUUUAAGGAGGAAUUGAAGAAGCUAAUGGGAAUGAAACAAGUUCAAGUUCCGGUUGUGUUUGUGAAGGGGAGAUUUAUUGGAGGGGUUGAUGAGGUUGUGAGAUUGGAAGAUGAGGAGAAGUUGGGGGUUCUUUUGGAAGGGAUUCCGAAGGCGUUGGGAGUUUGUGAAGGGUGUGGAGGAAUGAGGUUUGUGAUGUGUAGGGAAUGUAAUGGAAGUUGUAAAGUUUUGGAUGAGAAGAAGAUGAAGAAAAGUGUUAAGUGUGGUUAUUGUAAUGAGAAUGGAAUCAUUCGUUGUUCUAUAUGUUGUUGAAAACUGAUUUAUUGUGUUUGUGUGGGUUAGUGUUAUGGGAUGAUUUAACCAAGCAAUGAUGCUUGAUGUGUUGUUAAUUUGUUGUUAUGUUUGUAGGAGUAGGGUUCUAAAGAGUGUUUUAGUCCCUAAUUUGUUGUUGAUUUGAUUAAUUUAUGUCUUGUAUUUGGGACACUGAAUGUUUUUGGACACUGAAUGUUUGUUGACUAAUCUAAUUCAAAUUUAUACUCCUCCAACAGAGAGAAUGUGUUUGGUAUUAGUACACUUUAAACACCUUCAACAGAGAGAAUGUGUAAUUUCAUUUGGCAGGAGAUGAAGUAUUGGUAUUAACACUUGUAUGCUAGUA